AUGGAGAAAAAAUUGGUGGCAGCGUAUAACGACAACAGGGCAUGGUGUGUGAGUCAGGCUAACGAUGAUGUGUACGAGGUUCACUCCCACCCAUCGGUGUUGGUUGAUGUCGUCAAGCAGACAUGUUCCUGUUUUCAGUGGCAGAUUAAUGGGUUCUCGUGUUCCCAUGCUGUCGUUGCAUUCCGUAAUAGUGGGAGAAACAUUUAUGAUUCAAUAGACUCUGCAUUCUACAUCGAGACAUUUCGAGCUACUUAUAGCGGAACUAUAUACCCCAUUCCAACAGUGUGGAGGCCGACGUUUAACCCGAACAAAUAUUUGAUAGCACCAUCGACAGUCAAGCGUCCUCCCGAUAGGCCCAAACGGAAGAGAAUUCCGUCUAAGGGCGAGGUAGUGCAACGUAUACGUUGCGGGCGUUGCAGAAAAUUGGGCAAUCACAAUAGGAAGACAUGCAAAGAGCUGUUACAAACGGUUUGCCAUAUGGUUUAA